CGACGUGACGGGGACAUAAGUCGUUUAGUUGUCUAAUAAAGACGUAUUUAUUUGAAAGUCGGAAGUUAAGAUAAAAUAAAAAGAAAUUAAAGGCCUCAAUGAGCGGAUAGUCAACAAGGUUGAUAAAAUGAUUUUAAAAAAUAAUACCCAAUUUUAAGGACUCAUUUUAACUCAGUUGGCAGUGUGUCACUGAUUGGUGAGAACAUGGCACCGAACUACGGCGCCUUGGUGAAGGAGGCUAUCGAGCUCCUGGACAAAUUGGCUGUCAGCAAACUGACCCUGGAUGAUUUUCUGGAUGAAGUUAUAGAGCACCAGGAGAUGGAGAGUCUGCAGCAGACGUUCCUCCUGGAAGUUGUCUCUGGAUGUGUGGAGCGCAAGAGGCUACUGGACAUAAUUGUUGAUACUUUUUACGGCCAGAAAGGACAGUGUUUGUCCAGAAGUGACCGGACGCAGUUUGUCGUCAUCUGCUACCUCGCCACAUUCUCCCUCGACGACUUGGGCAUCCAGGUGUUCGGCCACAUUCUUAAGUCCUUGGACAUCAAGAAGAUGCACUCGUUCAUAAGUUUCUUCUUCGACAACUUGACCACCUGGAUCCCUGACGAGUGGAAUACGGUCUACGAUGUCGCCUACGUGGAGGAGUACUUGAUCAGACCCUUGCUCAGGUGGCGCCCUGACGUGGAGAUUCUCGUGGGUCAGCUGGCCGUCAUGUUGGAGGGAGGCAUCCCGAUCAAGAAGGGUUUGAUAAAAGUCACUGAGCCACAAGAGUUCUGUUUCGGUAAACGUCGGCAGUGUCCUCGACCCCCGACGCCUCCUCAGAUCGUCCCAGCAGAGAAGCACAAGCCUGUGCCGUCUUCCAACUACAGAGCUCCCAAAGAGAAAGAGGUCAUCGAGGAGAUGAAGCAGAAGAACCAUCAGAUGUCAGAGGAACUCCUGCGGGAAGCAAACAGCAAAGUGUUCCGAUGCACCAACACGCAGAAGUCUGAGCAGACGGAGAAAAUCAUGGCCAAGAUCCAGGAGGAGAUGGACUCAAAGCUCAAGUUCGACUCAUUUCAGUCGAUGGUUCCACCGCCGUCCACGUGGAGAAGCCAGCCCGUCAGGCUGAACAAGGCAGCUGUCAAACGUCAGAAGGUUGUGGAGGACCGACGAUUGCAGGCAGAGCUUGAGAAGAUGGAGUACCUUCAGAAGGGCGGCGGCGAGUCCUCUGCGUUCCUGCAGUGGCAGACGGAGAUGAAGCAGAAGGACCUUGAGGAGGAGCUCGCGAAGAUGGAGCACCUCCGACAGGGUGCUCGGAACACGGACAAGGAGGCGGCGCAGGCCAAAGUUCGGAUCGCAGAGCGGAACCAGAGGACGGUGCAGCUCAUGAAGGAGGAGAUGGCAACACUGAGGCAGCACGACAUGAACAAGUGCAGGACAUCGGAGCAGUCGACGGCAUCGGACGAGGAGACGGAUACACACGAGAGAAUGGAGAGGAACUGGACUGAGCUGCAGCAGAACCUGCUGAGAUACAUUGAGAGGGACAACAUCUGAAAUAAACCUCUGUUUUUAAGACUUGGUGAAGUGUGG